AUGAUGAAUAUAAAAUGGGGCGCCCCAGCUUUAGUAGAAAUGCCAAGUCGAAAGAAAAAGAUUGUAGUGCCGCCGGUUGAAUUAUUUAAAUUGCAUAUGAGUGAUUUACCGAAUAAUCUUAAACCGAAGCUUCCAGUUGGAUAUAAAAAGGCUAUUACUGAUUAUCUUAGAGAAAUCGGAAAGGUCAUGAUGGAGACAGUUGUAAUGAAAUUGCCAAAAGUUAAUUUCUUUGAACACGUAUUAUUAGUUUCUACGUUUCCUGCAGAAUAUUCUGAAAGCGCAAGAUCGAUUAUGAGGGAAUCUGAAGCCGCUGCAAUAUAUUGCAUGGAACAGCUUCAAUAUCAUGAUCUUGAAGCAGGAACAAAUUUUAUGGUUGUUGACUGUGGUGGUGACAGGGUAGUUCUGACUACUCGUAAAUUGGUUAAUAGAAAUCAAUUAGGUAAAUCGCUGAAAUAUCUGAGGAUUUCUGUGGAAUUGGAUCUCGAUUAUACUAUUCCCAAGAUAAAGCAAUAUAUUACUGAUGAGGAUAGAGAAAUUUUGGAAGAGAUAUAUUGGGAAAUUGAACUUGGUUUUUAUGACAUAAAUUCAAUGUUUGACCCUGUUGUUGAAAAGAUUUUACGAUUGAUUCAUGCGCAACUCGAUAGUUCUCUUGAAACAUGUUCAGCUAUGUUUUUAGUUGGAGGAUUUAGUGAAUCAAAAUAUUUACAAAACAGAAUUAAACGAGAAUUUCAACACAUUGUACGUAUCAUUUUAAUUCCUAGUGAUCCUACAAUUGCAAUAGAACAUGGAGCUGUGAUGUAUGGAUUAUCUUCUAUGAAUUCAGAUAUUACUACGAGAGGUCUUAAAUAUUGA